AUGGACAGACUGUCACCAGACUUGGACAUAUAUAAUAUUCAUUUAAAAAACAAGACUGAAGUCACCAUGUUUAUUUUGAUGGGCUUCACAGAUGAUUUUGACCUGAAAAUUGUAUUAUUUUUACUCUUUCUUGCGAUAUAUCUCUUCACACUGAUAGGAAAUUUGGGCCUGGUUGUACUGGUGAUAGGGGAUGCCCGCCUUCACACACCCAUGUACUAUUUUCUCAGUGUCUUAUCAUUUUUGGAUGCCUGUUAUUCUACAGCUGUGACCCCCAAAAUGUUGGUCAAUUUCUUAGCAGAAGAUAAAUCCAUUUCCUUUAUUGGAUGUGUAACCCAGAUGUUUCUAUUUGUGACUUUGGGAACCACAGAAGCCUUCCUGUUGGCUGCAAUGGCUUAUGAUAGGUAUGUUGCCAUCUACAACCCUCUCCUCUACUCAGUGAGCAUGUCACCCAGAGUCUAUGUGUCCCUCAUCAUCGCCUCCUAUGUUGCUGGUAUUGCUAAUGGCACUAUGGACACAGUGGCCACUUUCAGUCUGUCUUUCUGUGGAUCCAAUGAAAUCAGUCAUGUCUUCUGUGAUAUUCCCCCACUAUUAGCAAUUUCUUGUUCUGACACUCAAAUGAACCAGCUUAUACUCUUCUAUUCUGUGGGUGGUAUUGAGAUAGUCACUAUUCUGAUUGUCCUGGUAUCCUAUGGUUUCAUUCUGUUGGCCAUUCUGAAAAUGCGUUCUGCUGAAGGGAGGAGGAAAGUGUUCUCUACGUGUGGAUCUCACCUGACUGGAGUGUCCAUUUAUUAUGGGACAAUCCUCUUCAGCUACAUGAGACCAAAUUCCAGCUAUGAUUCAAACCAUGACAUGAUCGUGUCGAUAUUUUACACCAUUGUGAUCCCCAUGCUCAAUCCUGUUAUCUACAGUUUGAGAAACAAAGAUGUGAAGCAAGCAAUGAAAAAAUUGCUGAAAGAAGUUAGUAAUUGA